AUGAUUGCUCAAAGCCACAAAGAGCGCUCGUGUGGGGUCGACAACUCACCAAUAACAGUUGUGUAUGAGGGGACUGCCCGCGUCACAGUGUACCCCUGGAUGGGCAUAUUGUUUUACCCGAUGUAUAAAAAGCGAUUGACCACUGCUGUAGUUCUCGUGACGCGGCAAAUGGCUAUUGGAACAGCUACUGAAAUUGAUAAACUGCCCAAGCAUGACUUCAGAGAACGAUCGAGGGUGGUGUUUGGCCACAAUUGCAGUGGACCUACUGUGAGCAUCAGAGACUACACCUUCCAUCCUGAUUAUGAAAAAAAUACUUACAGCGCUCUAGUGAUGAUUCAGUUAGAAACUGACCAUUUGCAAAUAGACUGCAACAAACCAAUAAUAAGAAUACACAAAAUGGAGUACGUAAACGAAGCGGAAUGCAAACAAUAUUAUAGAAGAUCUCAGUUAGACGUAAGUUCACUGUGGCCCUCGUACGCCACGUGUGCCCGCGCACUAGACGGGGGUGAAUGCGUGUGGCGCAGCGGGGCGGCGCUAGUCAUGAAACUCAACGGCAGAUGGCGACUGCUCGGUUUCGGCGUGCAUGGACCAGGUUGCAGGGCACCGGCAAGGUUCCUGGACUAUGGUAUGUACCACAAGUGGGUGAAACGCAACAUCGCGCGCAUCGGCACGCCGACUAUCACCAGGCUGGCACCGAACCACAUGGUAUUACGGAGAACGCUGUCCACACUGCAAAGGUACGGCCCGUGCGACAAAGGCGAGACAAAAACCGAGAUAUACACUGACACCGUACAAAUGGAGAAGAAAGGCCAGUGGUUUCAUGUAACUUACAAUCUAUCGUUGUACGCCGACGUAGAAUACUCCUGCGUAGUUUUUCGCGCCGACAACUACAACCCGUUCGCUGAACGCGGCCACGAUUGGUACUCAAAGCCCAAACUGCGCCUGCGCAGGUGGUGCGCCGGCUCCACUGCUGUCUGCUACGACUUCCAGUACAUCGAAAUACAUUUUCACAUCGAUAUAUACUUCGUAAAUCAUAUGAUAUUCAAGCUCAGCGCAUACGGCAAAGAAGCGAAAGUAAUAGACCCGAUCAAAGCCAGCGUGUACGCAAAUCAG